CAAGACUAGGCAUUGCCAGGAAUUGCCCCAGGUAGGAUUGAUCUUUCGAGCUAUGGAGCCUGGUCCUCUUCAGUGGCGGCCUGGAUCCUACACAGAGGCAUGCCCACAUCCGGUGCCUGCCAACCUGCCGAGCUCAAGGCACCACCUACGAGAUGGCCUGCAACGCGGCUUGACGACCUUUGUGGUGCUUCAGCUCGUCCGCCGUUGGAAGCGGCGCACCCUUCGGGCCACGCGCCCUCUUCGUCGUCUCACGCGCCUUCGCGCAGGCGAGGGCCGUGCGACCAAGGAGGUGCUUUUGAAGAACGACGAGGAUGAGGAAGCCUCAGAACCCUUGGAGUAUCUCAGAGAAGAGGACGAACCCGAGAAAACUGAUGAGUCGGAGAGAGAGGAGAUGGCUUUGGCAGAGGCGGUUGAAGUGAGACCUGUGGUGAAGAAAGGCAAAGAGCGGAACGCCGACUUGGUCAAUCCACCUCUUCCAGAAGGCAUUCGACCCUACACUCCUGGUGAAGGCUAUGGAUCGAACGCGAUCCCCUUCGCCGGGAUCUCCCCGAAGACCUCCAUGCGCCGCAACCCUUCAAACCGGGCGAAGACCAUCGAGAUGCUGAAGGAGGCGAAAGAGAUCGCAGACCGGAAAAGCCAGGAGCUCGCGGAGCGUCGAAGUCGUUUGCCUUCGCAACGUCUCCCCGUCCCGGAGCAUCUCUUCAGCCAACUUGAGGAGAAGGGUUGGCUGGAGAUGUUGGAGUCCAAUGGACUUCAAGUGGAGCGGCUUGAGAUGGGAGACUCCAGGUGGGUACAUUUGCAAAUCUCCGGCGAGGAGGAGAAAGUGAGAGCAGGUGUCUUGAGGCUGAUGUCCAUCAUGGUGCCACCACGUGCCUCAGCCUAGCCACUUGGACCGCGGUGCUACGGUCCAAGCUUGCCGGAUCGCACCGGAAAAAGAGAAGUGGAUUGAGCUUGGCAGCAGGGCGUGUGUGAACAUCAAGUGACUACCAGCAGUACCCACCAAGCCUGUUAUAUAUUACCGUCACAUUCCAAACGGUGUUUCUUUGGGAUCCAACAGAGUCGUCAAGACCGGUCAAUUCGGUGGUUGGAGGAAAGGUCUCGAUUGUCCACACCAGUGGGCCUGUCUUAUAGGUUAUAUUCUAUCAGUCGUUAACCUGGACACCCC